CCGGAGAUACUCCUCCGUACUUGGUAUCAUCGUAUCAUUCGUAUGUGUAUAAGGGGAGAUACCGACCGAGUCUGGAGUUCGUUAGAUCUUGGCUGACAUAGACCCCGUCCCGUAUACCGAGUCUGGAGUUCGUUAGAUCUCGAGAAGCAACAACAAAUGAGGCCUAAGAUAGUGCUCUUCGGGGACUCCAUCACUCAGCAAUCCUUCAGAUCAGGUGGAUGGGGUUCUUCCCUCGCUGACCAUUAUUCUCGCAAGGCUGAUAUCCUGAAUCGCGGAUAUGGUGGAUAUAACACUAGAUGGGCUUUGUUCUUGCUGCAUCACCUCUUCCCUCUGGAGGAAUCUAUAAGCCAUCCUGCUGUUAUCACUAUUUUCUUUGGGGCAAAUGACUCGGCACUUUUAGGAAGGACAAGCGAAAAGCAGCAUGUGCCUCUUAAGGAAUAUAAAGAAAAUCUAAAAGCAAUGGUUCAACAUCUUAAGAAGUGCUCACCUACCAUGGUUGUUGUGCUUAUAACUCCGCCACCAAUUGAUGAGGUGGGCCGCAAAGCAUAUGCACGGUAUGUGUAUGGUGACAAAGCAAUGAAAUCCCCAGAAAGGACGAAUCUAGUGACAGGAGAGUAUGCAAAGCAGUGUCUUGACUUAGCCGUGGAGUUGGGUCUCCCGUCAAUAGAUUUAUGGUCCAAAAUGCAGGAAACCAUGGGUUGGCAGAAGAUAUUUUUAAGUGAUGGCUUGCACCUCACACCCGAAGGCAACGCUGUCGUCCAUGGAGAAGUAGUGAGAGUUCUUAGUGAAGUUUGGUUCUCCGCUGAACAGUUGCCCUAUGAUUUCCCCCACCACUCCCAAAUUGAUGGAAAAAAUCCCGAGAAGGCCUUCCAGAUACAAUGUCUUGCACUACAGUAGUCAACUGCUAUGGAUGAGUUAGCUUCUCCCGAUGACAAUGCUGAAAUAUACAAUAGUGUUUUCAAUGGCAAUGAAAAGCUCGAUAAUGGAGCUUCCAAAGUGAGCCUUAUAAAACACACACAUAUAUAGAUUCUGAAUCAAAUAAGAACAAUAUUUAUCGUGAAAACAAAUACUUUUACCGCAAUGUGAUACAAUAAAACUCAUAUGUUGCACUUUUUAACGUUAGCAUAAUAUUUAACAACAAUAUUUAUUGUGAAACGUGAGAAUAAAUACUUUUACCCCAAUGUGAUACAAUAAAAUUCAUAUGUUGCACUUUUUAACGUUGGCACAAUAUUUAUCAAAAUGCCACCAUGUUUAUUUGAUAUUGGCUUAAUUCGAUCAAAGUUAUAAAAUUGUAAUAGAUGUGUUUCAUUGUGCAUCACAUUGUAGUAAAAGUAAUUGUUUUCACCUUCUCACGAUAAAUGGUGUUCUCAUUUGAACUGCACCCACAAGGUCAGGUUCCGGUAAGAACGCUUCUUCUCGUGGGAAAUCGGAAUGAUUUGAAAUGGUGCAGAUUAUGGUUCAUGUUGUUUCACAUUUAUGGUUAAGAUAAAACAUUUUUCGAUUGUUAGAAAAAGAUUAAUUUAUUUACAAAAAUGCUAUCGAGUUUUUAGUCAUGAUGGUGCUCAUUUAUGUAUGUUUCACACAAUUCACAACUCUCAAAGAUAAUGCUUCAGAUUCAUUUUCACUUC